GUCUAGUAUUCAUGUUGAUCGAGUCAUGCUGCGGUAUUGGUCGGCGCUAAACUAGCUCCAGUAGUGCAGAUCCAAGCGUGUACCGAAGGAUUUGCGAUCUAUCAAAGACAUUGUGCUAGAGCGAAAUGCAGCCUCACUAAGUUCUACAUGAUUGUGCAACAACACAAUAAUAUUAUUAGAUUCACCUCUCCUUUCAGCAGAAUGUGUGACGACGCUGUUGCAGCUCUUGUCGUUGACAAUGGCUCCGGAAUGUGCAAGGCCGGUUUCGCCGAUGGUGACGCACCGCGAGCCGUGUUUCCGUCGGUUGUCGGCCGUUUUAGAGAGCAAGGCGGCGUUAUGGCGAGAAAGAGAGAUAAUUACAUCGGAGAUGGGGCGCUGUCGAGACGGGGAGCACUGACUCUCACGUAUCCAAUCGAACAAGGUAUCAUCACUAACUGGGAUGACAUGGAAAAGAUCUGGCACCAUACGUUCUACAAUGAGUUGGAUGUUGCGCCCGAAGAGCGCCCAGUAUUGCUCACCGAGGCUCCUCUGAACCCCAAGGCCAACAGGGAGAAGAUGACACAGAUCAUGUUCGAGACAUUCAACGUGCCCGCUAUGUACGUAUCCAUCCAAGCCGUACUUUCUCUGUAUUCAACUGGUCGUACAACGGGGAUAGUCCUGGACUCUGGUGACGGAGUCUCCCAUACUGUACCUAUUUAUGAAGGCUACGCGCUACCCCAUGCGAUCUCGAGGAUCGACUUAGCUGGGCGAGAUCUGACCGAUCACCUUAUGCAAAUCCUGAACGAGCGUGGCUACGCAUUCAGGACAACUGAUGAACGCGAAAUCGUCCGUGAUAUCAAGGAGAAGCUAGCAUACGUAGCUCUCGACUUCGAACAGGAGAUGACCACAGCAUCACGCAGCUCUACAGCGGAGAAGAGCUACGAGCUACCAGAUGGACUAGUUAUUAGUAUUGGUAACGAACGUUUCCGCUGUCCCGAGGCUCUUUUCCAACCAUCUCUCCUGGGCAUGGAGCAGGCUGGCAUACACGAAAUGAUACACAAUAGUAUCAUGAAGUGUGACGUGGACAUCCAGCUCAAGAACCUCUACUCCAGUAUCGUUCUGUCUGGUGGAACCACCAUGUACCCAGGUAUCGCUGACCGAAUGCACAAAGAGAUAUCUGCCCUCGCACCCAGCUCUACGAAGGUAAAGAUCAUCGCUCCACCUGAAAGGAAGUACGCUGUCUGGAUCGGUGGCUCUAUUAUGGCUUCGCUGUCCACCUUCCAGCAGAUGUGGAUUUCCAAGAAAGAAUACGAUGAAUCUGGUCCGAGUAUUGUCCACCGAAAGUGCUUUUAAGUUCAGUUGUACAUGUAGGCAUGAUGGAAGAGACUGUGACGGAAUGGACUUCCCGGUAAUUGGUCUAGAGAACUUUUCACACAUUCCACCAUUUUCGUCUAACUGUCACGUGACCACGUAUUCAGUGUCUGCAGGUUACUGUAUCUGUCAUUGUCUUUGCUUUGGUACAGUAAUACACUUAAAUCAGGCACGUGCGCCGGUGCCCUUCAAGCAGGGGGUUCCAGGGGGCCUCCCUCGGGAAAAUUUUCAAAAAAAUGAAGCAAAAUCCUGCAUUCUGAGCGAAAAAAGGGGGGUUCCGGGCACCCAGGAACCCAUGCGGGGCACGCGCCUGCUUAAAAGUGCAUUACUGUACCAUUCAGCAUAGUCCGGCUGCCACUAGUAAGCACUUUUUGGCAUCGUGCUUUGUGCGCAUUAUUUUGGGGAAUACUACACGCUGGCCAACAGCGAGAUUUCGCAGGAAGUUGGUUAGUCCAGCAAGAACUUACUUGGAUGUCCUGUGCGAUCAUGAAAUCCUCUUACAGAGACAUUCAGCAGUAUUAUUAUUAUUGCAUAACAGCAUUGGGUAUUACGCUC